UAGGAGGAGCGGAGAAAGGAGAAGGCGGGAUGGGGACCCCACUGUGCUGCAUUCUGGGAAGGACGCUGCUUCGUGCGCUGCGCAGCCUCCUGGGAGUUGUAGUCGCGGUCCGGAGGCAACUGGUUUACACCAUGGGUAGCACAAAGGAGAAGAGUGAUGGCACAAAGGAGAAGAAUGACAAUUACAAAGACGAUCUUCUGCUUAGGAUGGGACUUAAUGAUAAUAAAGCUGGAAUGGAAGGAUUAGACAAAGAGAAAAUCAACAAAAUUAUAAUGGAAGCCACAAAGGGAUCCAGAUUUUAUGGAAAUGAGCUCAAGAAAGAAAAGCAAGUCAACCAACGAAUUGAAAAUAUGAUGCAACAAAAAGCUCAAAUUACCAGCCAGCAGCUAAGGAAAGCACAAUUACAGGUUGACAGAUUUGCAAUGGAAUUGGAGCAGAGCCGGGAUCUGAACAGCACCAUAGUGCACAUUGACAUGGACGCUUUCUACGCAGCUGUAGAAAUGAGGGACAAUCCAGAGCUGAAGGAUAAACCCAUCGCUGUAGGAUCAAUGAGUAUGCUGUCUACUUCAAAUUACCACGCAAGGAGAUUCGGUGUUCGUGCAGCCAUGCCAGGAUUUAUUGCUAAAAGACUCUGCCCACAGCUUAUUAUAGUGCCCCCAAACUUUGACAAAUACCAAGCUGUGAGUAGAGAGGUUAAGGAAAUCCUUACUGAUUAUGAUCCCAAUUUUAUGGCCAUGAGUCUUGAUGAAGCCUACCUGAAUAUAACAAAGCAUUUAGAGGAAAGAAAAAAUUGGCCUGAGGACAAAAGGAAGUAUUUCAUCACAGCAGGGAACUCUCUAGAAAACGAUAAACCAGGAAAGGAAGUUAAUAAACUGAGUGAGCAUGAAGGAUCCAUCUCUCCACUCCUUUUUGAAGAUAGUCCUCCUGAUUUGCAGUCCCCAGGAAAUCCUUUCCAAGUGAACUUUGAAGAACCAAAUAAUCCUCAAAUACACCAAAACUCAAUUGUUUUUGGAACAUCAGCGGAGGAAGUGGUCAAGGAAAUUCGUUUCAGAAUCGAGCAGAAAACAACACUCACAGCCAGUGCAGGCAUCGCACCCAAUACGAUGUUAGCAAAAGUAUGCAGUGAUAAGAAUAAACCAAACGGACAAUACCAAAUUCUACCUAACAGGCAAGCUGUAAUGGACUUCAUUAAGGACUUACCCAUUAGAAAGGUUUCUGGAAUAGGAAAAGUUACAGAGAAAAUGUUAAAGGCACUUGGAAUUAUUACUUGUACAGAACUGUACCAACAGAGGGCGUUACUUUCUCUCCUUUUCUCUGAAACAUCUUGGCAUCAUUUCCUUCAUAUUUCCCUGGGUCUAGGUUCAACACACCUGGCAAGGGAUGGAGAGAGGAAAAGCAUGAGUGUUGAGAGGACAUUCAGUGAGAUAAGUAAAGCAGAAGAACAGUACAGCUUGUGCCAAGAGCUUUGCAGUGAACUUGCUCAAGAUCUACAGAAAAAAGGACUUAAGGGUAGAACUGUUACCAUUAAGCUAAAGAAUGUGAAUUUUGAAGUAAAAACUCGUGCCUCUACAGUUUCAACUGUUGUUUCAACUGCAGAAGAAAUAUUUGUUAUAGCUAAAGAACUGCUAAGAACAGAAAUUGAUGCUGAUUUUCCACAACCCUUGAGAUUAAGACUUAUGGGGGUGCGGCUCUCUGGUUUUCCCAAUGAAGAGGAGAAGAAACACCAACAAAGGAGCAUUAUUGGCUUCUUACAGCCUGGAAACCAAGCCCUUUCAGCCACCGGGUGUAUACUAGAGAAAACUGACAAAGAUCAGUUUCUAAAACCUGCACAAAUGUCUCAUAAGAAGAGUUUCUUUGAUAAAAAACGAUCUGAAAGGCAAGCGAGCCCCCAAGACACAUUUACAUGUGAAACCGUAAAUAAACAAAGUUUGCAAACAUCACAGUCAUUCCAAGUUUUAAACAAGAAGAUGAGUGAGAAUUUAGAAACAGUGGAGAAAUCACAUAGCUGUCAGACAUUUACCUGUCCUGUUUGCUUUAGGGAGCAAGGAAGCAUCAGUCUGGAAGCCUUUAAUAAACAUGUAGAUGCAUGUCUUGAUGGACCUUCCAUCAGUGGAAACUCCAAAAUGUCCUCGUGUUCACACGCUGCCUCUACAGAAGUAAACAAGAAAGAAAAUGUAUGUGAUUCUGUUUCUCUCUGUGAGAAGCAGGGUUAUGAAACCCACCAGAAGAAUACAGAGAUCACAUCAGUAGAUCCUGUAGAGCUGGUAGAGACUACCAGUAAACCAUCAAAUAUAGAAGAUAUAAGUGCUUUAAGUAAUAAGCCCAGUGAAGAGGAAUGUUCUGGUCUUUCAAGCAAAUCAUUUAAUAUGGAACACUGUCCUCAGAAUUCUUGUACUGUUUCAUUGGAAAAUGAAGAUGUUGGGUCAUUAAGAAGGCAAGAAUCCCCCCAACCUAAUUCAUAUGAAGUAAUCAGUGACCAAGUCCUGGUUUGUCCUGUUUGUAACCUAGAACAAAAGACUUCAGAUCUUACCCUAUUCAAUGUGCAUGUAGAUGUUUGCUUAAAUAAAGGCAUCAUCCAGGAACUGAGAAAGGAUAAGAUUAAUCCAUGUAACCAACCCAAAGAAAGCACCAAAGGUACUGAUAACUCAGGCAAAGUGCAGAAGACUGGAAACAAAGCAAAAAGGCCAGGAUUGAUGACAAAGUACUCAGCAUCAAAGAAAACAAAACCAAACAAUCCCAGACAUACUCUUGAUGUAUUUUUUAAAUGAAUGUUGAACAUUUUAUCAAUUUUUGAUUGAAACUUGUUAUUUUAUAAUAACUGAAUGUAUUCUUCCCUGUGUCAAGCUUACAGAUUCAUUUAGUGAAAAGCAAGUACAAUAAUCCCUUUGUAUAAAUUUGGAAUAUAUACUAAUUUACUUCUGUAUACUUCUUUUGAUAACAAUGAGAAUUUCACUUUCAGUUAUACUUCAGUUAGAUAAUUCUGUUAGAGAUAAUUUUAAAAUGAAAAGUUGGGAAUGAGAUCAGGAAGUGGUUUCUUUAUUAUGUUUUAUAGUGAAUAUAAAAACAUAUAUAUUUAUAAGGGCUUUCAGAGGUUCAGAUAAAACUAUCAGAGCAUAAGAAUUUUUUAGCACUUAACCACUUUGUUGGCACUGGAUGCUCUGCUUGAUCUUAGUAUCUUCUACAACUUUGAAUAAUUAUUUUUAGCUCCUAGUAUCUUCAGCUACCUCAUGAGAAUUCGUUACUAGUAUUUAUCAUAAGUUCUAUGAAGAGUAUUGGCUUAGCAGAGUUAGCCUGCAUGCUUUUGUUACCUUCAGGAAAAUAAUAUCACAGUGUUAUUUUCUGUGUUAAAAGAACUUUUGUUUAAAAUAUGAUUAUUCAUUUUAUUUUUUUAAUUUAAAAUUUCUUUGUCCAAUGAAUAAGCACUUAUUCACUUUAAAAAAUAUUUAAGAUUGAAGGUCAUUAUUUUCUUAUCUAGGACUUUUAAAUGGCAAUAUUUCAUUUCUUGGCAGUUGUAUUUGUACUUUACACAGAUCUAUAAAAAAAAGAAUAAAUUGUACACUCUAUUUUUAUCAUGAUCUUCUAGAGAAGAAUGUGCAAUUCAAAAGAUUAAUGUGUUUUAAAACACCUCAUUUAUCUUAGUUCUAUUUCUAUCAUGUUUUUAUUAAUAUUCUUGAAAGAAGACAGCUUAACAAUUGUUAGCUUAAGUAGUUGCUCCAAAUGCUUUCAUGGUAUCAAGAGUUUUUAUGAAAAACAAAACAAUUAUUUAAUAGAAACAUGCAAAUGGGACCCAUUGUCUAUUACUGCUUUAAGGAACUGAAUCUUUUAUUCUCAUAUUUUUGUUUCUUCUUUUCAUAUUUUAUAGCUCAUUACCUAAUUGUGUAAGGACAUAAUGUUUUAGGAAUAGUGUAAAUUAGGAUCUCACACAACCUUUGGCCAAAGUGGUAAUUUGACUUUAAAUAACUAGAUAGUUUAAAAUUAGGCUUAGGGUUUAUUAGAAUACCAAUUUCAUGCCUAAUAUUAUUAUAUGCUAUGAUGAAUAUCUAGUUAUAGAACUGCAAUUCUUGAUCAUGUGAUUUGCUUACAUUCUCUACAAAAUUAAGCUCAAUGAAGCACUGAUUUAAUGUAUUGAAAAGUAAAUAACACCAUAUUCUUUUCUAUUUUAAGUUUAUUUUUAUUGAUUUUUCAACAUUAGAGUAAAUACUAAAUUAUUUUCAUU